AUGUUUAUAUUCUUUAAGGAAUUUUAUGGAAAUGACAAAUUUCACCAAUGGGCAAGGCAAAAUGUUUUCGCUUCUUCAGUAUUUAUUGUUCUGAGUUACUGUGAUAUAGAAUCCUUAGAUUUUAUUUCUUCAGGUAUUUCAAAAUCAUCAUGCGUUCAAGCGCCUUUCUCCCAAGUUGGAAAAGCUUCAGCUUCAAGGCGAAUGUCUUCUCGUAAGCAUCCUCAUUUCUUGAGUGGAUUUGUUCCAAUUCAACCUGAUCCAGCCACUCAGGUUGA